AUGGAGCUUCAACCUUUUACACUGUGCUCUCUGAUGCAGCUCUUCUCUGGCGUCUCCUUUGGCACACUGUGUCUCUCAGUGGCCAUAAUCACCUUCGUCACUCUCACUCUUUUGCCAUCGUUCUCCUUUCGCUGGCCCAGAAUAAACAUGUUCUUCUGUAACUGCGAAACUUGCGAGGCCUAUCUCACUUCAAGCUGGUCCAAAAGCUUUCACAACCUUUGCGAUUGGUAUGCUCAUCUCCUCCGAAACUCGCCCACCAAAACCAUCCACAUCCACGUCCUCCGAAACACCAUCACCGCCAACCCCGACAACGUCGAGUACGUCCUCAAGACCAGGUUCGACAAUUUCCCUAAGGGGAAAACAUUCUCCACCAUCCUCGGCGAUUUCCUCGGCCGAGGAAUCUUCAACGUCGACGGAGAGUCCUGGAGCUUCCAGAAGAAGAUGGCCAGUUUGGAACUCAGCAAGACCUCCAUACAAUCCUUCGCUUUCGAGGUUGUCAAAUUCGAAAUCCAACACCGACUCGUCCCUAUCCUCGUUCUCUCGAAACAAAACGACGCUGUUUUGGAUUUGCAGGAUGUUUUCAAGAGAUUCUCGUUCGACAGCAUUUGUAAAUUCUCCUUCGGGUUGGACCCUAUGUGUCUGGAACUGUCUUUGCCUAUGUCGGACUUCGCUGUUUCAUUUGACAUGGCGUCAAAGUUGUCCGCGGAGAGAGCCAUGUCGGUGUCUCCUCUAAUUUGGAAGAUGAAAAGGUUCCUCAACGUAGGCACGGAGAAGAAGCUACAAGAAGCGGUUAGAAUGAUCAACAUCUUAGCCAAAGAGGUCAUAAGACAAAGAAGAAAAAUGGGGUUUUCGUCUCACAAGGACUUGUUGUCACGGUUCAUGAGUAGUGUCAACGAUGACACAUACUUGAAAGAUAUUAUCGUGUGUUUCUUACUAGCUGGCCGUGACACAGUGGCUUCGGCUCUCACCAGCUUCUUCUGGCUAUUGGCAAAACACCCCGAAGUGGAGUCCAAGAUUGUUGCAGAAGCAGAGGAAGUAAUUGGAGCAGACAAGAACAAAGAUAUUUCAAGCUUCGAGGAGCUUCAACAACUGCACUAUUUACAAGCGGCGGCGUAUGAGAGCAUGAGACUGUACCCUCCAAUUCAAUUCGAUUCAAAGUUUUGUUUGGAGGAUGAUGUGUUACCUGAUGGGACUUUUGUGAAGAGAGGAACUAGGGUUACUUACCAUCCUUACGCGAUGGGUCGUUUGGAGGAAAUAUGGGGUUGGGAUUGCUUAGAGUUUAGGCCAGAAAGGUGGUUGAAAAAUGGGGUGUUUUGCCCUCAGAAUCAAUUCAAGUACCCGGUUUUUCAAGGGGGGAUGAGGGUGUGUUUGGGCAAAGAAAUGGCUUUGUUGGAACUCAAGAGUGUCGCCAUUUCGUUGCUUCGGAGGUUCCACAUCGAACUAGUGGCACCACAUCAUCGCAUCCCGCGUUUCUCGCCUGGCCUCACUGCCACUUUUAGUUUCGGCCUUCGCGUAAAGGUUCGUGAUCAAGGAACCCAACAACACCACCCUCUUCCUCUUCAUCGUUCUUAA